AUGUUUUUUUACCUCUUCCUUAUCUUUCUCUCUCUACCCCUGACAUCCCACUCGCUGAACCAAGACGGCCUGUUUCUGCAGCGAGUGAAACUCGGUCUCUCCGACCCAACUAACGCUCUUUCCUCGUGGAACGACCGGGACGACACCCCAUGCAAAUGGUACGGGGUCACCUGCGACCAGUCGACUCACCGAGUCAACUCAGUGGAUCUUUCCAACUCGGAGCUCGCGGGGCCCUUCCCUUACUUCCUUUGCCGCCUGCCCUUUCUGAAGUCGAUUAAUCUGGCGAACAAUCUCAUCAACUCGUCUCUCACCGCUGACAUUGCCACGUGUCAGAACGUUGAGGUCCUUGAUUUGAGUGACAAUCUUUUGGUGGGGUCCGUUCCUGAGUCACUUUCCGAGUUGAGAAACCUCAAGUCGCUCAGUUUGACGUCGAACAAUUUUUCCGGCGAUAUCCCGCGGAAGUUCGGUCAGUUCCAGAAGCUGGAGCUGAUGUCACUUGCUGGGAACUUGUUCACUGGGUCAAUACCGAGGGAGCUGGGUAACAUUUCCACGCUCCAGAAUCUUCAACUGGGUUAUAACCCUUUUGCACCGAGUCAGUUGCCGAGUGAGCUUGGUAACUUGAGUAACCUGGCAGUGCUCUGGCUUUCUAAUUCUAAUCUCGUGGGUCCGAUUCCCGAGAGUUUUGGCAAGCUAUCUCGGUUGAGUAAUCUUGAUUUAACACUGAAUCGACUAUCUGGGUCAAUUCCGAGUUCGCUCACUUGGUUGAAGAGCAUUGAGCAAAUUGAGCUCUAUAAUAACUCUUUAUCAGGUGAAUUGCCUCGGGGUUUUUUGAAUUUGACCAUGUUGAGAAGAUUUGAUGUCUCAACGAAUCAGUUAACUGGGACAAUCCCGACUCAGUUGACUCAGUUGGAGCUCGAGUCCUUGAACUUGUUUGAGAACAGACUGGAAGGGACUUUGCCAGAGAGCAUAGCAAAGUCACCAAAUUUAUACGAGCUCAAAUUGUUCAACAAUAAACUUACUGGAGAGUUGCCGAGUCAGCUCGGGCUUAACUCACCAUUGAAGCGGCUAGAUGUUUCAUACAAUGGAUUCUCCGGUAAGAUACCGGAGAAAUUGUGUGCAAAAGGUGAGUUGGAGGAUAUGAUUUUGAUUUACAAUUCAUUUUCCGGGAAAAUCCCAGAAAGUCUGGGGAAAUGCAACAGUUUGGGCCGGGUUCGGUUAAAGAGUAAUAGGUUUACUGGCGUUGUUCCUGAGGAAUUCUGGGGGCUACCCCGAGUUUACUUGUUUGAGCUUGAAGAGAAUUCAUUUUCAGGAAAAGUUUCUAAUAGGAUCGCCUCUGCUUAUAAUCUAUCAGUUUUGAAGAUCUCAAAAAAUCAGUUUUCAGGUAAUUUGCCUAUGGAGAUUGGUUUUUUAGGCAAGUUGAUUGAGUUUUCGGCGAGUAAUAACUUGUUUACGGGUUCAAUUCCGGCGAGUUUGGUUAAUUUGAGUACCUUGAAUACGCUUGUGCUUGAUGACAAUGAAUUGUCUGGUGGGAUUCCGGCCGGAAUUCAGGGUUGGAAGAGCUUGAAUGAUCUUAGUCUGUCGAAUAAUAAGCUAUCUGGUUCAAUCCCAGAUGAGAUUGGGAGCUUGCAAGUGCUUAAUUAUCUUGAUCUUUCCGGGAAUUACUUCUCGGGGAAGAUUCCGGUACAAUUGGAUGAUUUGAAGCUCAAUUUGUUGAACUUGUCGAAUAAUAUGCUUUCAGGGGCGCUACCUCCACUCUAUGCUAAAGAGAUUUAUAGGAGUAGCUUUUUGGGAAAUCCGGGUUUGUGUGGUGAUUUGGAGGAUCUUUGUCCACAGGAGGGUGAUUCUAAGAAGCAAAGUUACUUGUGGAUUCUUCGGUCGAUUUUUGUACUUGCUGGGCUAGUGUUUGUUGUUGGUGUUGUUUGGUUCUACUUCAAGUACCAGAAUUUCAAGAAAGCGAAGAAGGUUGUUACUAUAUCGAAGUGGAGGUCGUUCCAUAAAAUCGGUUUUAGCGAGUUUGAGAUCCUUGAUUGUCUUAAAGAAGAUAGUGUGAUUGGUAGUGGAGGUUCUGGGAGAGUUUACAAGGUUGUGCUUAGCAAUGGUGAUACUGUGGCAGUGAAGAAACUAAGUGGAGAGAGCAAGAAAGAGGAUGCAAGUCGCAAUUCCGACAAAGACGAAUUCGAAGCAGAAGUUGAAACUUUGGGAAAGAUUAGGCACAAAAACAUCGUGAGAUUGUGGUGUUGUUGCAAUACCGGAGAUUCCAAGCUUCUGGUUUAUGAAUAUAUGCCAAAUGGGAGCUUGGGGGAUUUGUUGCAUAGUAGCAAGGGAGGCUUGUUGGAGUGGCCUACAAGGUAUAAGAUAGCUCUGGAUGCAGCUGAGGGCUUAUCUUAUUUGCAUCAUGAUUGUGUUCCUCCGAUUGUUCAUCGGGAUGUAAAAUCGAACAACAUAUUGUUAGAUGCAGAAUUUGGUGCCAGAGUUGCCGAUUUCGGGGUUGCCAAGGUUGUUCAAGGAGUUAACAAGAGAACAGAAUCCAUGUCUGUGAUUGCCGGCUCCUGUGGUUACAUUGCACCAGAAUAUGCCUAUACUCUUCGAGUGAACGAGAAGAGCGACAUCUACAGUUUUGGGGUAGUCAUAUUAGAGUUGGUAACAGGCAGACUCCCCAUAGAUCCAGAAUUUGGAGAGAAAGACUUGGUGAAAUGGGUCUGCACAACCUUAGACCAAAAUGGCAUUGAUCAUGUAAUCGACCCCAAGCUGGAUUCUAGUUACAAGGAUGAGAUUUCCAAGGUUCUCGAGGUCGGUCUCCGUUGCACAAGCUCGCUUCCUAUCGGCCGCCCCUCGAUGCGAAGGGUGGUGAAAAUGUUGCAGGAAGCCGGCAUGGCAAACAAGCCUAAAGCCAACAAGAGUGAUGGGAAGCUCUCUCCUUAUUACAACGAAGAAGUCUCUGAUCAAGCAAGUUUAGUUUAA